UUUUUCUCUCUUUUUUUUUAAUAUAUAUAGUUUUUUUUUUCUUCUUCUUCUCUUUAACAACAAUUUCCUUCAAUUUUUUUCUUCUCUUUUUCUUCUUUUUUUUUUGAGAAAGAGAGAAAUAAAAUACAACAAUAACAUACACCUCCCUCGCAGCAUAAAACACCUCUUCUUUUUAUUUCGACUAUGGAAAUACUUGAAUUAAUUGAUAAUGAAUCUCAACUUGGUGAACGCAAAGCACAUCCAUGUACAUUGCCUGGAUGCACAAAGUCUUUUGGUAGACGCUCUGACUUGGCUAGGCAUGUCAGAAUCCACACCAAUGAAAGACCAUAUGUGUGCCACGAGCCAAAAUGUGGAAAAAGCUUUAUUCAGCGUUCAGCAUUAAAGGUUCAUCUACGUACACAUUCAGGUGAAAGACCGCAUCAAUGUGAAUACGAGGACUGUGGAAAAUCAUUUGGUGACAGUAGUUCAUUAGCUAGGCACAGACGUAUACAUACAGGAAAACGACCUUAUAAAUGUACUUUUGAUGGAUGCAAUAAAUAUUUUGCUCGAAAAGUGAUCAUGACAAAACAUCAAAAACAAGCUCAUGAUGCAAGUACAAAAAGAUCCUGUUUGCAAUGGAGGCCAUUAAAUGAAAUUUUACUUUCUGGCAAAAAGAAGAAAGGAAGGGCUCUUUCUUGGAGACCUUUGGAUGAAAUUUUGCAAGAUGGUACAUUACUUCAACAAAAGCUGAAUGAAACUGCCAACACACCUGCACCAGACAGUCCUAAACAUGAUUAUGUAGAUCACUCACCUGCUUCCCCUGUACUUUCAGAACAAAGUUCAGCAACGCUAGAUGAAGACAUGAUCUACAGUCCAAUUGAUUUUCAUCAUCAUCAUCAUCAUCAUCAUCAGCAUCCCUCCCCUCCUACGUCUGUAAAGACAGAAGAUCAUUGGUAUUCUUACCAACAACCUCAACUCACUCACCCUCAUCAAUGGUUACCACCUCUAUGCAAAGAACGCACUUACUAUCCAUCCUUUCGAGACAACACAAUCUUCUUAAAUUGUCAACCCUAUGAUUUCAUCUAACACCAUACACAUCCAUUUACAUUCCUUAUUUUCUUUUCAAAUACUUCAUCCUAUGCUUAAGACUACACACAUACACACAUACACAUUCGUUACUUUGUUGAUACUUUCCUUUAUAUACUUGUAUGCAUAUGAUUUCCUUAUUUUUUCUUUUAUAUAAAUAUAUUAUGUAAUUCGGCUUAUACGGAAGACUCCAAGUAAUACAAAAAAAAAAAAACUGUUUUAUACAUGAAAAAAGUCACUGGAAUUAUUAUUAUUGUUGUUAUUUUUUUACAAUAAAAUUUAUGCAAGAAUAUUAGGCUCCCUUUCUUCUCCUUAGUUAUUACAAAAUUCCUUUUUGUUCAUUUGUUUUUCUCUCUCUCUUCUUCUUCUUUUUUUUU